AACUCAAGAAGAAGAAACAGAAGUCUUCCAACCCCGGUUAAAUUUCUCCUGGAACAACACCACGAGUUACAAAUCGGUAGUUGUAUUUCUAGUGUCUUCACAGGUUUUAUUCAGUAGAUGUUAGUCGAACAUACAUGUAUGAGUAUAAAUACUCGUUGUUUUAGCAGUUGUUAAACUGUUUGAGUUAACGGAAGGCGCUGGGAGCCAGAUAACACAUCUGCAUCUCCAGACGAGAAAAGAGUGAUGUCACGCGGCACAGAAGAAGAAGGAGACAGCAGCAGUUUGUGCAUUGACACUGACUCUGACUCUGGAGAUAAGAAAGAAGACACCAAGUGUAACGUGAAAUGGACUCAUGAGGAGGAUGAAAAUCUUCAAAUCCUGAUCAACAGCUUUGGGGGAAACGAUUGGAAAGCUAUUGCCAGCUUUUUACCUGGGCGGUCAGAGUCACAGUGUAUGCAUCGAUGGCAGAGGCACCUGGAUCCUGUUAUCGUAAAGGGCUCCUGGUCCAGCGAAGAAGAUCAAAAGAUUAUAGAGCUAGUGGGAAAGUAUGGCCCCAAGCACUGGACCUUGAUUGCCAGGCACCUUAAGGGCCGGUUUGGGAAACAGUGUCGUGAGCGAUGGCACAACCACCUCGACCCGAUGGUCAAGAAGAGCUCCUGGUCUAAUGAAGAAGACAUCAUUCUCUACAAAGCCCACUCCCUUCUGGGUAACCGGUGGUCUGAGAUUGCUAAACUGCUCCCUGGGAGGACAGAUAAUUCUGUAAAGAAUCACUGGAACUCCUCCAUCAGGCGUAAAAUAGAGUUGGGCUUGUACAAAGAUGAAGCUGACAGCAUUUCUCUUGACAUUCAACAGUUUGUUGAAGGAGAGGUGGACUUCAAGUGUGACGUUGUAUUAGACACUGAACCAUUAACUCAUGUAGUGACGUAUGCCAAGCCAGAGAAAGAGACCAAGCAGACGGAGCGUAACAAAACCAAUCAGAAGAUGGCUGUUAAUUCCAGUUUGAGUACAAGUCCCAGCUUCAACGUAAGAACUGCACCAGCUGCUGCACCAGUGGACAACAAAAAGAUUGUAGAUGCAGCAUUGAGGAUGAUUGCUGAAGACAUGCUGCCACUUAGUUUUGUUGAAGGGGCGGGCUUCAGGUCAUUCAUGAGCACUAUCAGACCUGAAUCCAACAAGCUAUCACAGCGUGUUUUGGGCCUACAGCUGUAUGAUGAUGUGGAGAGAACUAUCAAGCCGCAACUCAUCCGUGACCUUCAAGCCUGUCUUGUCAAAAGCCAAGGUGGUGAUGGCGUGAUUCAUGUCACCUUUGACCUCUGGGCAGGAGAUGAAUCCCAUCCAGUGGCGGAGCCCAUUAUUGUUGUACAGCUCCACUUUGUCAGUGAUUCUUGGCAGAUACGGCGUCCCGUUGUGGCAUUUCGUCACAUCAGCCAUAAAAAGAGUGCUGCUGUGGCCAGAGAGCUUGAAGGUGUCCUGUUGAGCUUUGGCAUCUUUCCUCAUAGCAUCGGCUACGUACUCGCUAACAAGGCCAAAGAAGCCAUUACUGGAAACAACAUAUUCUGCGACUACAAGAUCAUGUGCUCAUCAAAUAGGGGAGAACCAGAUGGAGAUGAGAUCGUGGCAUUUUUGUCAGACCAGAUGUCUGAAGCGGAGGACCCUUUUUCAGAGCUGCAGAUCGGAACCAAGACCGCCUGUGUAGCAAAUACAUUGCAGCUUGUGAUAAAGGAGGCACUGAAGACUUCUAGGGUUGUUGAAAACCUUCUCUCUCAGGUCCACAACGUGGUGGCUUUCUUCAGGAGCAGUGUCUACUGGAGCGAGGUUUUGCUGAAGGAAUGCAACAUCUCUCUGUUCCCUUCCUCCAGCAACUGCCGCUGGAACUCUAUGAUGGUAUCUUUACGCCGUAUGGUGCAGGAGUCCACUUGGAGCGCCGUCAUGACUCUCCUAGCCCAGGCUCGCAUCGAAGCUAAUGACACUGCCAGUGCCCCGCCUCUGGUUAUUGUUAAGAGAGAGCAGGUUAUUGAUAUCCUCGGUCUUCUUGAGCCCUUUGAGGAGGCUUUGCAGGUCCUGCAAGGAAACCGAGUGACCAUCUCUCUCAUCAUACCUUCCCUCAUUGGCCUUGAUAAGACUUUGGAGAACCUUGUGACCAGCUACACUCACUUCAACAAAGCUCUGCGCACAGGCCUCCACACACACUUUCAGGCAAUGAUUCAUCAGAAGGACAUAAUAGUUGCUGCUGUUCUUGACCCUCGGAUCAAACUGCAGCCGUUUUCUGAUGCUAAUGCUGAGGACCAAAUGGGUUUCCUGACUCCUCCGUCAAAGAAUCAGGCUCGCAUCAUCAUGGAAGCCAUGUUAGAAAGUAUGGUGGCCCCAGCAUCUUCCUCUGAAGAGGUAGACAUAGACAAGACAAGCAAGGUGAGUGAAAAUGAGCAAGAUGGUAAAGAGGAGAGCCAAGCCAGCACACUGAUGGAGGCAUCUGGUGUCAGCCCUAACCAUAACAACUGCGACAGAGUCGGCGGAAAUGAUCUGAAGCGCAAGUCGAUCUUUAACUUCCUCCAGCCACCCGCUAAGACUACGAAGAUGACAGAACUCGAUGUGUAUCUAGCAGAACCACUGUGGGAAAGCAACUACAGUUUGCUGUUCUGGAAAUCUGCUACUCGGUUCCCUCAACUCCAGCGCCUUGCCAUGAAGCUUUUGGCAAUACCAGCCACCUCAGGGGGCUUCGACAGGCUCUGUCCCAUGGCAGCCUGUAUCGUAAGAGCCAAGAGAAACCACCUGCCCCCUCACACCACAGAGAGACUGCUUCUGUACAAAAAUUCUUUGAAGACAAAGACUGGUAAAAAGCGCGAUGGAGUCGCCAAACAUUGACCGGUUGUACUACAAUUUGGUCUGGGGAUACUGUCUUCCACCUAAAAACCUUAACACUGACUUGUAACAUUGUGUUAAACUGAAACUCAGGACCAUGUUUUGUUUUUAUUGUUGGUUAAGAUGUCGUGAAUCUUAACCUGAAUUGACUGAAGAACAUUCCAGCAACAAUAUAUUAUAGACUAAAGAUGGUUAAGCUAUGUUGGAAUUAAGAUGUGCUUCUUAUUAACUGAAUCUGUCUAAACUUAAAUCAUGUAUUUGUACUGCUGCCACAUUACCUCAGAGAUCGGAGAAAAAGAAUCAUGAUCCUUGUGCGCAGAAAUCAAAAUGCUCCAGCAACACUUAUAGUAUGAAGAUCAACUUAUUAACAACUCAGUUUAGGUGUGUGGCCUUUAUCAGGGUCAUCCUUAAAAGUCUUGAAAUGUUAUGAAAGAUGCUACAAUAGUUUGGUUUGUACGUGCAUGAACAUCAGUGUGUGUUACUCUUGAUGAUGAGUUCAGAAAUGUAUUGGCUGUUUCCUGGCAGGUAUGUUAGAAUCAGCUGUGGGUUGAUGGGUUGAUGGUUAUCUGACUUGUAAACUUUAAGUGCCAGAAAAUGCUCUGUACAUUUUUGUCAACAUUGUCUUUUACUUCCAUGUUAUUUUGUUUUCUCAUGCUGCAGGAGGACAGGUUCAUGGUUCAUUUUCAGUUUACUGAAUUUGAACCUGCACAAUUUGAGUUUAUUGUAAAUGUUUUGUCAUGCUAAAGUGAAAAAUGUAUGACAGCUUGGGGAUUUCUAUUGCGGUGUUAAUUCCUAUUGUGAUAAUCUACACUGUGAUGCAGUGUACUACAUUUUCUUGUGGCUCCUUUAUGAGAAUGUUUCAGAGAAUUAACUUUAAUAAACAAAUCUAUAUUUCU